CUUAACUACUCACCAUCAGCUUCACCCAAGGCACUGCUUACUCAGCCAGCAGCUCAAUCCAAUACCACAACCGAAUGGUAUUUAGACUCUGGCUCAUCAUCCCACCUCACAUCAGACGCAGCUAACUUGCAGAACUCCCAACCUUAUGAAGGCAGCGACAGCAUCUCCAUUGCUAACGGGACUUCUCUUCCCAUCCAUUCCAGCGGACAGGGGCUUCUACCUCUUCCAAACACUCACCGACAAUCAAACUACUCAAACAAUCCUUAAAGGUCGAACGAGAGACGGUCUCUACAUCCUUCCCUCCACCCCAAAUUUUGCACUACAAACCAUCAAGUCUUCUACCUCCCUGUGGCAUGCAAGACUGGGCCAUCCACAUCUUCAACUGCUUCAGCUUAUAGCUAGGAAAAAUCCGACAAUCUGUCUUUCUAGUGCUUCUACUUUUUUAUGUAACUCGUGUAAUGUGGCGAAAUGCCACAAAUUACCCUUUUCAUUAAAUGAAACAAAGACUUCAGCUCCUUUUACUCUUAUGCAUACAGACGUUUGGGGACCUGCACCCCUUUCUUCUCUAAAUGGCUAUAAUUACUACGUUGUCUUCGUUGAUGACUUCACCCGCUUCUCAUGGGUAUAUCCUAUGUUCACUAAAAAUGAAACAAUAAACAAACUACAAAUUCUUAUCAAUUUAAUCCAAACUCAAUUCAACUCAAAAAUCAAAAAUCUCCGCUCCGAUGGCGGAGGCGAAUACACAUCCAGAGAGUUCACAAAACUUUUAAAUCACCACGGCAUUCACCACCAAUUAACCUGUCCCUACACGCCGGAGCAGAACGGCAUUGCUGAAAGAAAACAUCGUCAUCUCAUAGAAACCACACGAACUCUCCUUCAUGCCUCUAAUUUAUCACUUAAAUUCUGGCUUGAAGCCCUCCUCACGGCAAACUAUUUAAUCAACCGGUUACCCUCCAAAACUCUCAACUUCGACAAUCCAUACAAUCUACUUCAUGGUCAUCAACCCUCCUACAACCAUCUUAAAACCUUUGGGUGCCUAUGCUACCCUUGGCUCCGUCCACUUACUCCAAGCAAACUCCACCCUCGUUCAGCUGCGUGCAUCUUCCUCGGAUACUCCUCAAAUCAUAAAGGUUAUAGAUGUUUUAACCCCACAACUUCGAAAAUCCAUAUCUCUCGUCACGUCGUAUUUCACGAAAAUAACUUUCUAUCCCAACCAUCCCAUUCGACAACACAAUCCCCUCAACAUUCACCUACACAUACUCCUCUCACUCUCAUUCCAAUCUCUACACUCAGUCAUAAUCUUCCCACAACAACAUCCAACUCCAAGUCCUCAAAUACUUCCAACACCACAUCUUCACCGCCCCAGCAAACUCCCUCCUCUUCCCAAUCCCAAACACAAACCAUUUCACCUCCUCUGCCUUCACUUCCCCAACCUACCCAACAUCCAAUGAUCACAAGAUACAAAACCGGUUCCCUCAAACCCAAGAAACACUUCAACCUCCUAGCUGCAACCCGUCCUUCCUCCACUCCCUCCUGUUUCACUCAAGCUUCAAAACUGUUGGAAUGGAGGUUAGCAAUGUCCGAAGAAUUCGAUGCCUUACAGAGACAAGGGACAUGGUCACUCGUGCCUAUCCCUCAAAACCAUACAAUUUUAGGAUGCAAGUGGACAUACCGAACUAAGCUCAAACCAGAUGGCACUAUCGACAGAUACAAAGCACGUCUCGUUGCUCAAGGCUUCAAGCAACAAUAUGGAAUUGAUUAUAAAGAGACCUUCAGUCCUGUAGCAAAAAUGCCUACGAUUCGCAUAUUGCUCACCGUUGCACUCACGAAGCAAUGGCCGGUUCUCCAAUUAGACGUGUCUAAUGCCUUUCUUCACGGCACUCUUGACGAAGACGUCUACAUGAAACAGCCCCCUGGAUUUGUCGACACGACUCAUCCCGACUAUGUCUGUAAACUUCAUAAGACCAUUUAUGGCCUAAAACAAGCUCCACGGCUCUGGUUCCAAACUCUUACGGGCUUCUUCUUAUCGACCAACUUCAAGUUCAGCAAGUCGGACCCAUCUCUUCUCAUCUACAGCGACCGUGACACUCACAUCUACGUUCUCAUAUACGUAGAUGAUCUUCUGAUCUCCGGCAACAAUCUACAGAAAAUCAACUCCUUAAUCAGCAAGCUGCAUUCCCAAUUCUCCAUCAAAGACCUUGGGCCAAUAUCAUUCUUUCUUGGUAUACAGGUAUCCCAUACACCAAACGGCUACUUCUUAAGCCAAGCUCAAUAUGCUCUAGACAUCCUUAAAGCAGCCGGCCUCAGUCAAUGCAAGCCUGCUUCAACUCCCAUUGCGGUCAAGGGGUCCUCGACCAAUUCCGUCGCGUCCAACUUCGAUCCCGUUACAUACCGCAAGCUAGCAGGCUCUUUGCAAUACCUCACAAUUACAAGACCAGACAUCGCUUUCGCCACCAACAUGGUUUGCCAGAAUAUGCAUCAACCAACCGAUCAAUCUCAGGCAAUUCUCAAGCGACUACUUCGCUACAUCAAUGGAACCAUUCAUUUUGGCCUCCCCAUCACGAGAGGCAACUUACAGCUCACAUCAUUUUCCGAUUCUGAUUGGGCAUCGGAUACUUCCGAUAGAAGAUCUAUCACCGGCUACUGCACGUUUCUAGGAAACACACUUGUUUCAUGGUGUGUGAAGAAACAGCCUACUGUUGCCAAAUCCUCAACUGAGGCAGAGUAUCGUUCACUCGCCUCAGCAACAUCGGACAUCAUAUGGCUCCGUCGCCUGCUCGCCGAAUUCCAGGUUUCGGUCUCCUCUCCAACAUCACUUUCCUGUGAUAACAUAUCUGCUCUCGCUCUAGCGAACAACCCUGUGUUUCAUGCUCGUACCAAACACAUCGAAAUCGAUUAUCACUUUAUCAGAGAUCGAAUUCUCUCUAAUGAGAUCUCAGUUCAUCAUAUCAGCUCCCUUGACCAACCGGCCGAUCUUCUAACCAAGCCAUUAUCUACAAGCCGGUUUCAAAUGCUCUGUAACAAACUCACGAUCACCUCUCAUGAAUCCUGAGUUUGCGGGGGACUGUUAGCACACCC